AUGUUACCAGACCGCGUUAGGCCCAUGAAGUGGUUGGCGAUUGGGUUCCUCUUUGCUAUUGCUUUUGGACCCUCACUGCUCCCAGUAAAGGCCCCAGACCCCCUUUCAGAUGCUGCAGAUACUCAGGGUUUAGAGGUAGAUCUUGGGUGUGGGAUUGUAAUUACUGAACCCACAGAAGGAACAGAAGUCACAUCAGACGAUAUAGGAGUCAAAUGCUUCCCUGAGACUGGAGGAGGCAUCCGCACGUAUAUCCGCUGCCCCCCAAAAUGUUUCUGCACACACAAUGUGGUCAACUGCUCCAAGGCCGGACUGUGGGACUUUCCAUCAGCCGAGGACUGUCCCCCAGACACCAUCACAAUGGAUCUCUCUCACAACCAGCUGUCCCUGCUUCGACCAAAAGACCUGAUAGGCUACAAGAACCUGCGAGAGCUGUUUCUGAACCAGAACCACAUUCAGCUCAUUGUGGAGAGUGAUCUGGAUUUGCUUGUACCUUUGCAAAAACUGGAUCUCUCUGGCAAUAACUUGCCUUGCAGCUGUGCAUUGGGUCGCUUAUUAGCCUUGCCGGCAAGUGAGCAGAGUGUUGUAAUUGACCAGGAGACAAACCCCUGUGCCCAGGGAUUUGAUGCCACCAAUCUGGCUUGCGCGGAUCAGUAUAUCUCAUGUGUUCCGGAUUCCCAAAACUUAGUGUUACGUUACUCUGUUGUGGCUCCUGGUCCUCUCAAGCCUGCCUCCUGCCUAGCCCUAUGUUUUCGCCAUGGAUAUUCACACUAUAGUUUGAAUGGAGAUCAGCACUGCUUAUGUGGUUCCACUGAAAGGGUUGAAAGGACUUGUGAGGAUGUAUGUUCCAUUCCUUCAAGAGCGAAGGCAUGCAACAAGAAUAUCAUAUCUGAUCCUCAUCCAGCUCAGGUGACAGUCUCUCUCUACCCCACUGUGCAUUGUUCUUUGUACCAGUUGGCAGCAUUUCGGGCAGAAGCAUCUGUUCCUGUCAGCCGCUUUGUAUGGGAUUUCAGAGAUGAGGGGUGGCCAGUCUCUACCACUGUGGGAGUGGUUCAUCACAAGUAUAGCCUGCCUGGACGGUACAUGGUGCAAGUGCAGCCGGAGGGGCGGGGUCAAGGAGUAGACGCCUUGGUUACUGUCACAAUGGCUGUACAAGGGGUGGAGCUGCAGUGCCCAGUAAUGGUAGAAACCAGGCACAGUGUGGAGGUGUGGCUGCAGGUCCAGCAGGGGACUAACCUCAAGGCUGUGUAUGAGGUGCACAAACCUAAUGGCCACCAGCAGACAGAUGAUCCGUCCUGUCCUCGUGGUGGGCGGGUGUUCCAAAAGACUCUGCGAUGCUACUGGCUGAGCCAGAUGAAGGAGUUGUGGACUGAUGCUGGCAGCCGCUGUCGAUUGGUGUCAGGUGGAGAUCUUGCCCAAAUUACCUCCCAUGAGGAGAUUGUCUUCCUGCAGGAGGCAUUUAAAGGACAUGCUCCUGUAUGGGUUAACGUCUCACAAUCCUUGCGACAAGUAGUUAUGGGAUCCCUGGAUCUGCCUCAGGAAAUGCCCUAUGGGUGUAUGCAGCUGCCACUUGUCACUGGGGCUGACUUUAAGAGGGGUAUCUGCACCCAGAGAGCCCCAUCAUUGUGUGAGAAUAUAGCAGGAGACAACCUUUCUGACGUCUAUGUGUACAUGCUGGGAAUGCCUUUCUUUUCUGGUGCUGACACAGAGAACGCCUCUUUGAUUCCAUCUCUUGGGGACUCACAGAGAGAGAUUGAGGUAAUGCUGUUUCCUGGUCUCUGGUUUAGCCACUCGGGAAUCCCAAUUACUUUGGAAUUUGGGGUUCAGCCCUUGCAACAAGCAGUACAAAUCCAAGUUCAGAUUCUGCGCCCUUUUUGUAGCCCAGAACAGCAUCUGGUCCCUCCAGGGUGUGAGCUCUUUCAUUCCCCAUAUGCAGUAUGCCACCCCCAGCCGCUCUGUAACACCACCGGAGGUUGCCCAAAGGGCAUGCAGUGGUGCCCACUAAGUGAGAGCUGCUUAAACCUCACUCAGCCCUGCAGCACCUAUGCCUUCCACAGUCCCCGCUAUCCCCCUCGAUAUGUAGGGAACCGGCCUUCAUAUUCACCUGUUGCUAACUUACUUCUGCAGCUGCCACCAGACCCCAAGAAGCGAAAUCUGCAGGUCUUGCUGUCUCAUCUUUCCCUUUCAGUUCAUCCAGAUGAUAUCCUCGCUGUCCAGCACAAUGCAGAGCAGGGGUCACUAUUGAGGUGUGCUCCUAGUCCUGGAUCACCCUGGUCUCAGAGCUAUAUUAGCAUUAUUCACAAUGAGUGGUGGGAAGGAUCUCCAGAUUUGAUGGCCGAUUCAUGGGUGGAUAAUAUGGUCUGUGACGUCCGAGUCACUUUUACAUCAGCAAAGCGCAGCCUUGUACUUUCCCACCUACUGAGUGGAUUCCCAGAUCCUGGGACUUACAAAAUAAGUGCCAUUCUGCACAAUGCAGUGAGUAAGACUGUGGCUACCUGUGAGAUAAAUGUUCUUAGUCCUGUUACUGAUCUAAAGAUUGUCCACCCUUCACUGCUGAAUGAAACCCUGAAUGUGGCUACACAUGAGUCUACCCUUCUGGUAAUCAGUGCUAAGAGUUCCAGCCCAGCACAUGUGCAGUGGUCACCACCCAUUCAAAGCACAGACUCCACCAUGCACUUGGAUUGUCCUCAGAGCCUUGCAUCAUCCUUGCCCAUCUGCAUCCACCCUCCUAUGGGGGCACUAUUUGCUUGGACAAGGCUGAGUCUUCAGGAGCCACAUCAGACUGUAAUAACCGUGUUGGUGAGCAAUGAGGUCAGUUUUCAGAACGUGUCCUUAAAAGUUCAAUCACAUGAACCAAUCCAGGGGCUCAGUAUACAGCCAGAUGGAGAGAGGCACAUCCAGCUCCAUCAGACACAGGUGUUCACAGCUCACCUGUUUGCCGGGUCAUCAGCUGUUUUUACAUGGACAUUAGACAAUAAGGAAAUAUUUGCCUACCAGGGAACAACCUACAAAGUGACUUUCAGAACACCAGGGUCAUACAAGAUGAAGGUGCAUGCUCAGAACCCGGUCAGCUAUCAGGAGCUGGAGGUACCCCUUAUAGUGGGGGGAUUUCUCCCUAUGCAAAACCCAGAGCUACUGCUCUCCUCCAGUGUCUUUCUGGUCAACGAGAGUCAGGACAUUAGCUUCCAGAUACAAGUGGACAGUUCAUCAGAAGUAACCAUAAGUUGGGACUUUGGAGAUGACAGUCCCCCCGUAAACAGGACUUUUUCUCCCCCAUAUGAUCGUUAUCGAUCCCAUGACCCAGAGCAGCCACUGGUUACAGUUAUUUCAUCAGAGUUUCACCGCUACCGUCAAAUAGGACAUUAUCAGUUGACGGUGAUAACUUCCAAUAAUGCCACAUGGAUCACAUGCUCAAAGCAGCUAAAGGUUGUACAUUCAGUGAUAUCCCUGAAUUUGCAGAUGACCCCUCUCUUGCCGCUUCCAAAGGAUGUUACUCUAUUUUCCGCACUCUGCUCACCUUCUUGCUUUGCGGUGACCUGGUCUUGGAAUUUUGGUGACGGCUCUGAUGUUGUACAAAAUAGUGAACCACAAAUGGAACACACCUAUAUGGUCAGUGGUUUCUAUAUGAUGACUGUCAGAGGAAAUAAUGGACGGAGCUGUAUAAAUGCAACUUUGCAGGUGACAGUUGGUGAAAUGGUUAAGGGUAUUCAACUGGUGAGCAGUGGGACUGGUGAGAUUGGCACAGAGACUAUGAUCAUUGGCUCACUUCAGAGUGGCACAGAUGUCUUUUGGAACUUUGACAUGGGAGAUGGCACAUUAUAUACCAACCAGACCAAAGGCUUGGUCACACAUAUCUAUACUAAAGAGGGUAAUUUCACUGUCAAUGUUAUUGUACUAAACCCAUUGAGCUCCGCGAAUGGUUCACUCACAGUACAAGUUUAUAAGGCUGGUAUUACAGAAGUCUUCCACUCCCCAAUUAUCUCCAGCUUGGUGAACACCCAGUUUAUUGCCUAUGUCACCAUGCCAGCUAAAUACUUACAUUUCUCCUGGGACUUUGGUGAUGGUAGCCAUCCCACACUAGUGCAAGGAAUGCCAGAGGUAUGGCACCGCUAUCUUGUGGCUGGAAACUAUACCCUAAAAGUAACAGUGAAAGGAACCUUGGGGAGUGAUAGCAUUAUAAGUGUGAUCAGAAUUGAAGAUUCAAUAAUCUCAGUCACCCUAACUGCUUCACCUCAGGCAGCUAAUCUCUCUCAGCCAAUCCUCUUUUCCACAACAGUGCUGCCACCUCCAGACAUACAUCACUUGUACUGGUAUCAGUGGGAGUUUGAUGUAGAUUUGAAGCCUGUGAAUAUUUCUUCAUCUGAGGCAAGCUGGGCAUACAUGUCUGAAGGUAACUACAGUGUUGCAGUAACAGUAUGGAAUGGAGUGAGCAAUGGGCAUGCUUGGUGUCAUGUGAUCGUACAGAGACCAAUAAGCUAUGUGUCAAUUCAACCUUAUGCUGGUAAGGUGCUGUUACAGAAUGCCAACCAGGUAUUUACUGCCACUGUUAAUGAGGGAGCCACUGCUGAAUUUAUCUGGGAUUUUGGAGACAUGUCCCUGCCUUGCUUUGGUCAGACUGUCUCUCACACAUAUAACAUCUCUGGCAAUGUGACUGUCAUCGUAUAUGCUCAAAACAAUGUAAGCCAUAGUCAGGAAUCUAUAGUUUUGUCUGUUCUAGCCCCAGUUACUGGCCUGUUUCUGACUGCUGAUCAAACGCUGGUGGAGAUGGUGAGGCCUGUCAGUUUCUGGACUACAAUGAAUAGUGGAGACAAAGUGCAAUACAAAUGGUCAUUGUGUGAGUCUUGUCCAUAUACAGAGGGGGCAUUAAAUCUUACCCACAUCUUCUCUGCUCCAGGAAUCUAUAAAGUCAGUGUGCAGGCAGAGAAUGCUGUGAGCUUAGCUUAUGCCAAUAUAAGUGUGGAAGUGCAGGAACGGGUAGAAGGGGUCAGCAUACACCAGGAGGGUCAUGCUGUGGGGUUGUACACUUCCUUAAAUGAACCUUUAACUCUCAUUGCCAAGGUGGUCACGGGCUCCCAUUUAAAUUUCCAAUGGGUGGUUGGGCCAGGACAGCAGGAGGGAGAUGGUCCCUCAAUCACCAUCAAUCCAACAUCCCUUGGGACGUUACAUGUGGAAGUUCAAGUGAAAAAUGCAUUAGGAAUGGAGUCAGCAGAAAUCCAGAUGAAAGUUAUAGAGAGAAUUAAUGGUGUUACGGUACAGGCAAUCCCUGGCAUUGCUACCUGUGGGGUGCCAGUUCAACUUAUUGCCACACUUACUUCUGGAAGUGAAGUUCAGUAUUCAUGGAAUCCAGGGGAUGACUUGACUGGACAGAUCAGCCAAAGCCCCCAACUCAUUUAUACCUACCAGACUCCAGGUAUACAAAUAAUAACUGUAUCUGUAUCCAAUGCACUGAGUUCUGAUAAUGCCUCUACUCAGCUGAGUGUACAGGAAUCUGUGUCUGAGGUCAGCAUUUACAUCAACGGGCUUAGCAACACAGAGGCCAUCAUCUCACAUACUGUAGUUUAUUUGUCUGGCACUGUACAUAGCGGUACCAACUUGCAGUGGGCUUGGACACUGUCCGAAGAGAAAAAUGUUUUUCAAUAUAGUGGCCAGAAUACAUCACAUGUGUUUACAGAGCCAGGUCAGCAUCAAGUGCAGCUCCUUGUCUGGAACAAUGUGAGUCUAGCAAAUGCAUCCAUUGUAGUGAAUGUGCAGGAUACAAUAACUGGUCUGAGAGUGAGCACUGGAAGCAGAAGUGUAUGCACUAAGCAGGUGGUUAUUUUCUCUGUAAGUGUUCAGCAUGGCACUAAUGUGAGCUUUGCAUUGAUGAUACCCUCCAAAAAUCUCUCUAUAGACCUUGAUGGAGAUCAUGGAAACUUCUCCUUCUCCUCACCUGGGCAGCAUGAAGUUUUUGCCUCAGCGUAUAACUAUGUUAGUACAGCAACUGUUAGCCUCAACAUUGAGAUCCUUGAGAGUAUUGAGGGUCUUCAGUUAGUGGGCCUCCAGCCUGCCUUUCCAGUAAACCAGACCCUUUAUGUCAAAGCUAUGACUCAGUCAGCCUAUAUUCCCAACUUCAUGUGGAGUUUCCAGGAACUUGGAUACCCUGAAUACUUAGCUACUGGACAAAGUGUGACGUAUACUCCCCUGAGAAAGGGGACGCUACAUGUCCUGCUUAAUGCCACCAACCACGCUUGCUUUUCCUUACUCUCAUAUUUGGUGAGCAUUCAGAUACCAGUUACAUCUGUUACACUCUCAAGCAGUAGUACAAAUGUUUUCAUAAAUCAAACUGUAGAGUUCUUUGCGGUGGCCAUAGACGGCACAGAUCUGCAAUUUUGUUGGACAUUUGGGUAUGAAGAAGUGAAGAUGACCACCAUGGAGUCAGCAGUAAACCAUAGUUACAGCCACCCUGGUGACUUUGUGGCUCAAGUGCUUGUAUAUAAUCUAGUGAGCAUGGUUGAGACACAUAUAGUGAUCAAUGUGAGGACUCUGCCAUGUGAACAGCCAAGGGCCCAGUUGUUAGGUGGCCCAUCAUCAAUCAAUAGAGCUGUAGGGGCUAUAUUUGAGGUUGAUGUUGAUUUAAGAGGCUGCACUGGAUAUAGUGCAAUCUAUCAAUGGGAUGUGUAUCAAGGGCCAGUCUGCAGUAUUGCAAAACUUAAGCUCCCCCAACGGAACACUGCCAGCACUCUGCUGACAAUACCUGGACACACAUUAGACAUUGGAUUCCACUGUCUUCUUUUCACCGUAACUCUGCAAGGGAUUGCACUCUCGCAUAAUGUGACACAUUUACUGUUGGUGACGAACAGCCCAUUGGUGGCCAAGAUACAUGGAGGAUCAUACCGGACUUGGCCAGUACAAAUGGACCUCAUAUUAGAUGGAAGAGAGUCACAUGAUCCAGAUCAAAGAGAUGGGGAGGAAUCAGCACUGCAGUAUGAGUGGAGAUCAACAAUUGUGGAAGGAGAGGGACUUCAGUGUAGCCUGCCGUCCCUACCUCCCCUCCCACAGGUCUCCAUCUCCCGAAUCAAUCUCUGUAGCCAGAGCACUAUCAUCUUCACGCUGACAGUUCGUAAACCAGGGCGGGAUCAAUCUGUGGCCAACCAGACAGUUUCUUUGCACAGUGGUCGCAUCCUUGUGCUGUCUCUGAGAUGUGUCUCUUGUCAGUUUCUCACCCCUCAGAUCAGCCGCAGUCUUCCCGUGAUUCUGUCUGCUGAAUGUGACGCCUGCCAUAACGAGACCCAAUACUCGUGGAACUCUCGUGACACAAAUGGACUUCUGCUGACUCUGGAUAACUCCACAACCUCCACAGGGAGUAGGAAGCGUGAGCUGGUGAUCAGGAGAGGAGUCCUGCAAGACGGGCUGGGGUACACAUUUACCUUGAGGGUCACGCAGCAGCCAUGGUGGGGGGAGAGCAGCAUCACACUUUGGCCAAACAACCCCCCCACUGGUGGGCACUGCUCUCUGCAGCCGGACAGAAAAAUCUCCUGGCUGGAAACUCCUUUGGUUUAUAACUGCACAGGAUGGAAAGACCCUGACAUGGAAGGCCAGCUUCUCUACUCUCUGUCAGUUCAGAUCUGCUCCUCGGGGAGCUGCCAGAGACUUCCUCUUUAUCGGGGCACCAGAAGCUGGAACCAAGUGAGAUCCCCUGUGGGCAGGGAUGCUGGAGAAAUAUUGGUGUUUGUGGAGAUAGAAGACUUGCUGGGGGCUCGCACAAUGGCGCUAAACCGCACUCUGUUAGUCUCCCUGUCACACAUAUCCUCCGGUGGUCCUGUGUCUCGGUUACUGCAAGAUCACAGGGGGUCACUACAAGAGCUGCUGCUGAGGACUGACAUACAGGUGCUUCCAUAUUCCCUGGAAAUCAUCACAGCUAUAAAUCAGGACAUGGGUAAGACCAAAGAAGAGGAGGAACAACGCAUUGGUUGGCGCAGCAACAUAACUGGAGCCCUCACCUCUUUGCACCUCUCUAGUCUGUGGGAUGUAGCUGCCAUCAGUGCGGCGCUUACACAAUGUGUGGCCGUCCCACAGGAAGUAGCUUCUGGAUCAUGGGUUCAGAUUCUAAAUGCCACUGAGAAAAUGAUUCAGGUGUUGAGCAAAGAAGGUGAUAAAGGACUCAGAGUGGAGAGUGAAACGCCCAGAAACAUUCUCACAUUGUUGGGUGGUGCUUUGGCUGUGUUCCCUUCUGAUGAUACGUCACUCUUUGCCUUUAACUUGACUCGGGGGCUGAUGACAUCACUGAUGAGGACACAUCUAUCGAGUGAGGAACCUUUGUCAUUGGAUGUCCCUGGUGUUAAGGUACAGGCUGGACGUGUCCUCCCUGAUCACUUACUCUGCUCUACACCAUCUGAACAUUGUAGGGUCUCGCUGCCACCCAUAUUGCUUGAUGUUCUGGAAGGUCAUCAAGAGCUGUUACAGAUUAUGACCGAGAUAGACUCUAACACUUUCACUCCUGGAAUCUUCCCUGAUAUCUCAGUAAGUUCUCAUCUGGUGGCACUGGAGUUUAGUUCCCCAGAAGGGGAUCCUGUGGUGGUGACAGGACUGCCACCUGAAGCUGAAAUUCAACUGAGGCUGCCAGUGAAGCAAAAGGUUCCUCUAAAUUCGACUGUAAUUACUCUUCUUCCCAGAGAGAGCGCCAACCUCAGUGUGACUGCCAGUGUGGAGCACAGAUCUGCAAGCUUGCACUUGCAUAUUAGCACAACUCUGCCUGAAGGAUUGGACUGGACUCUUGAAGGUUCUCCUGGGCUGCUAUUAUCAUGGGAAUCUAUCUACCAAUCCAAUCAAUCUGACACUUCUGUGACCCAAGUCUUCAGAUUUUCACCUAGUAUGGGAUAUAACCAGGAUUUCAGUGUACUACUACCCCUUUUACCAAGGUCCCUGCAGGAGUAUCAGGUGAAUGUCACCAGCCUCCUAAAAGCCUCAUCAGUCACUGUGUCCAUCAGCCUCUUCUCCAGCUUGUGCCAGUAUUUCCAUGUGCCCAGCCGGACCUGGAGGUCAGAAGGAGUUACUCCUAGCAAUGUCAGCCAACCCCACGAGAUAGUUUGUCAUACUCGUCACCUCACUCUCUUUGGGGCCAGUCUCUUUGUCCCCCCACAUCGCCUGGUUCUGCUGCCUCCGGUUCAUAGUACCGGGCAGCGAAUCCUCGUCAUGAUGACCUGCUCUCUGCUUGUUGCUCUAUAUCUUCUGCUGGUUCUGAUUUCCCAUAAACUAGAUCACCUGGAUGUGUCUCGAGUUGGGAUUGUCCCACUAUGUGGUCAGCCUGGGCGUUACAAGUACUGGGUGAUUGUAAAAACCGGCUGGAGGAAAGGAGCAGGUACAACAGCACACAUUGGGAUCAGCCUGUAUGGACUAGUUAAAAGCGGAGUGCGUCAUCUGGAUAGUGGAGGUUCCCUGAGCAGAGGUGGAGUUAACGUGUUUCAGGUGGAGACUGAAAGUAACCUGGGGGAAGUCUGGAAGAUCCGUGUGUGGCACGACAACACGGGGUUGGACCCCUCCUGGUUUCUACAGUAUGUGGCGGUGUUGGACAAACAGACAGACUUCCUCUAUUUCUUCCUGGUAAAUGACUGGUUGUCCGUGGAAAAUGAGCGAAACGGGGGCAGAGUAGAGAAGGAGCUUCUGGCGGCCUGCCCUAAAGAGCUCCAUAGUUUUGCCCAUGUGUUUCCAGCCCAGAUCCUUCUUGGUUUCACUGACUGGCACCUGUGGUUAUCUGUGUGGUGGCGCCCAGCCCGUAGUCGCUUCACACGUGUACAAAGAGUGACUUGCUGCAUUGUGACUCUUCUACUAUACAUAGCAGUCUGUGCGGUGUGGUAUGGAGCGGUUGGAGUCAAAGGUGAAAGCUCACCUCUGGGAAGCCGGUUCAUGGUCACAUGGGAGUGUGUUUCUGUGGGGAUCCUUGUAUCUGUCAUGGUCCUCCCACUGCAGCUACUGUUCACGUUCAUCUUCAGAGAGAUACGCAGCAAGGUGACUAUGGAAGAUACGUCACCUCCAGAAACUCAACCCACAGAGCAGGAUAUAUGUGCUGAUGCUUCCUCUCUGCUGUCCAUUCCUGGUGGGAGAGAUUCUUUAUUGGAGAGCAGCUCUCACAGUGGUGGUUCUACAAGUGAUCGUCUGACCCUUGAUCUUGUAGAUUACAUGCAUUGGCAGGACGACCGCUCUGCACCUCAUUGGCUCUCGUCCUGUGACAGUAUAUAUGAUGUACCCUACACUACUACCAGCCUCACUCGGACUCUUCGCAGAAAGAAGGGUCAGCUACGGCUCGGUUUUGAAUCUGUUGGCAGUUCUUGUAAUGACCCGAUUUCUGUGUCUGGGGAAUCCAGCGACAGCCAGCACUUCACAUACUCUGAGGAGAAUUUAAUUCGCUCCAUCACUGCAGAGUCAGACAGUGGCAGGUUUUCUCGUCGUACAUAUCUGCAUUCACAAAGCUCUGAAGAUCUUUGCAGUCCAUGGUCAGAACAUGCACAAUGGUCUGAAGACAGACACUGGUCUGACUCUUCCUCUUGUGUCUCAGAGGUGACCAGUAAAUACUCGGAACUCCAGUAUUGCUCUGAUGCACCUUCUACGCCACCUUCCCCAUUCAACACACAUAUUGGUGUUCGUUGGAGCCCCCCUGGCUGGCUAUUCCCUCCCUGGAUGCUGUGGGUGAUAUACCCAGUGCUGUUCACCCUGGCUGCGGCCUGUAUUGUGGUCACGGUGCUGUACGUCUCCUCUCUCUCCAGCCACGGUUUCCUAAUGUGGCUCAUUUCUACCUUCUGUUCUCUGCUCACUUCUGCUGUUAUUCUGGAGCCACUCAAGGCGGUGCUACUCUCCCUUUGCAUAGCAUUGUUCCGCCCCCCUGUGCUUAGCGAGGCUGAGGGGCUGGUGGAGGAACCACUUGUUAGGAGCAUAACUAAAGACAAUGUUACUGUCCGAGCACCUGGUGGGUUCAGUCUUCUGCAAGCAAAGGAAGAAGCACGAAGAAUACGGGCACUGAGGAGCCUAAUUAAGAGUUGUGUGGGUAACAUGGUAUUCUUCCUUCUGGUGUUACUGGUGAAUUAUCAGAGCUGUUCCCAUGACAACAACAUCCGCCUUCUUCAUACUACCUUAAGGCAGUCGGUUACCAGGGAAACCACUGCUGCCAAGAACUUUAAUACAAUCCACAGUGUUACUGACAUGUGGCGUUGGCUGGACUUGGUGUUACCAGUUCACUUGUACAAUAACCCACGUGUGGUAUUGCUAGGAGUGCCCCGUCUGUGCAAGUCCAGUACUGCAUCCAAUAGACAAAUUCAUCCUUAUUCCCUGAAAUCCGCAGCUACAAAUCUAUUAGCUCUGUAUUCACUCAUUAACUGCAGAGAACCAGAACCUUGCAUCAGUACUCGCCAGAGGAGUUUUUCAGAUGACUAUACUGGUCAAGCACUGGACUCAUGUCAAGAGCUGGGGAACAGCACCAAAGUGACACAGAAAAUGUUGCAACUUCUGAAAGCCAAAAACUGGUUCACAGGAAGAGUCCUUGAACUCGAAAUCACUCAAUAUCACAAAGACGUCCACCUCUACAUUUCCACCAUACUGCGCAUUGAUCUCUCACAAGAUGGUACAGCAGAUCCCUUCAUCUCAAUCCUCCCGUUCCAUCUCUUGGAGCUGAGUAAUGACUUGAACUUACCUCUGGCACUAGCUCUGUCUUUGAUAUUUGCAGCUCUCUGUUUUUUGUCUGCUGAGGUGAUUUUCCUGACCUGGUCUGUCCAACGUCAUAGCCCCUGUUGGACAAGCCUCUUGCUGGGUUUGGUUUCAGGGGCAGCCGGCACUCUACACUUGGUCAGAACUUGGUUGACUAAACAUCACAUGCAUCAUUAUCGGGAACAUUCUGGGAAUUUCAUCAGCUUGUAUACAGUAGCACAGCUAUCACGGGUAGAGGUGGCACUUACAGCAAUACUGCUACUGCUGACCAUGAUAAAGGCCUCACAGCAGCUGAGAUUUGUGCGCCGGUGGGCUGCUUUUGGGAAGACACUUCAGGCGGUAGCGAUAGAGAUUCUAGGAUGCAGCUGUCUCAUUUCUCUCUUCAUCAUUGCACUUGCACACUCUGUGUAUGUGGCUACUGGCACAACGCGCUUCACUACAUUAAUGGGAGCAUUUCUGAAAUUCUCAAGGCUUGGGCCACUCUUACAAAACUCCCCUUUGCUGGCCUUCUUUGUUUUGGUGGGAACCUGCCUACUGGGGCUGACCCGGAGACUCCUGUGUGCAUCUGUGCUUAGUGGGUAUCGCCAAGCUCGAGCCGAAAGUUACUUUCCAUCACUGGAACCUCAAGAUUACGAGAUGAUUGACUUCUUGGUAAAAAGAUUCAAACUAUGGCUGGGACUCAGCAAAGCCAAAGAGUUUCGUCACACAGUGCGAUUUGAAGGUUUCCGUUCUGUACCUCCUGGUUCCUCCCCAAACUCUGGAUUUUCAAAUUCUUGUUCUCCAUCUGUAAGUUCACUGUCACCUUGCUCAUCUGUACAAACACCUGAGGAACUACUAUCCCCAGCAAGCCCUUUGCUGCCCCCAAACCUUGCUGUGGAACAUCUCCCACAGGCAGUUACCGAUCUCCUAGAUAGGCUGGAUCAAGUGACUAAUGUUUUGGAAGAGGUAAGUAGUCUUGAGAGCAAGCUGGGAUUGUGGCACAAGACACACAGAUCCCGUGAAUCUACACUUAAAAAGGAAACCUCCACGUCAACCAACAAACAGCUUCAGCUGCCGCGCACAUACAGCACCUUCUCAGAGUCUGCUUUAACUCAAAUGAGGUCAAAUGUUGUCCCAUCUAGCAGGCUGUUAGCUCCAGAGAGUGCAGAUUGCUUUCGCAGGGCACGUUUAUUAGGAGCUACAGUUUCAGCUGGUGUGUGCCAAAGAGCCAGACUGAUUUCAGAGGCCACUAGGAGACCGCACAGCGAGGAAAGAUCAGGGGGUAGUAAACGAAUGGAAGACCCAUUUAGGCCUGUCCCCCUAAAACGUAGAGCAUGGGAUCCUGAGAAAUCUGGUGACACAUGAGACAUAAAAUGGUAUAAGUAAGAGGAAUACUGGAUAAUAACAUUACUCCUGGAACAUAUGGGAGGCUAAACAUAAAAGCGAAAGGAUGUAUUGCUGUAUGUACAGGAGAACAGGAGAGUUAGAAAUGACAUUUUGUUGCAUAAGCAAGGCUAAAACAAAAGAUUAAAGUAAGCUGACGUUCAUGUAUGUAUUGCUGCAGCCCAAGCACGUUGUUUCAUUGUUUAAUAUGUAUUCUAGUCAUCUUGUAAACAACACAUUUUAGUAAACAUACAUUUUUUCAACGUACAAUCUAAAA